ACUUAUCACGCUGAUUGUAGUCACUCAAUACACCAUGGUUCAUAAAGCAGAAUAAAGUGUUGAUGAAGUCUUUGUGCUGUGCCCAAAUCAACACCAUGAUAGGCCUCCUGCCAAAAAUCACCACCAUCUAUCUACUUAUACCAACUUACUGUAGUCGAUACUUGUACAUGUAUGUACAUAUGACCUGCUGUAUAGCAGAGCUGACCUUCGUUUUCAUCACAGACUGCUGGAAUUUUUACCCAAAGACCAUGGAGUCCAGGGCACAUACAACCAGCUCAUGGACAAUUGGAUUAGGCCAUUCUUUCUGAUUUCUGGCUGACCCCAUAAAGCAUUCUCAAGGGAUGAAGGGGGAUAACUCCUGCAGACAGCAGUGACAAGUCUCCCCUCUGUGAUCAGCAUAACUUGAUCUCAUCAUGUCUUACUCCACUGCAAAAGGGAAGCAAAAGUCUGGCCUAGUGUUCAAGGGUCCCAUGUCGUACAUCCCCCGCCUGAUAGGGAAGAAGGCUGUACCAUCUCCAUCCAGGGUGGAACUAUGGAAGACUCAGAUGGGACUGGACGAUGACCCAGGGGAUGAGAGGUGUGAGUUAGAAGCUGAUGAUGAAGACAAACCAGCCUCCACACCAGAUACAGUGUCAUCCCCCAGAAGCUCUGGCCCCUGCAGCUUUGUGGAGUACCAGACCCUGAAGAGAGAACUGGCAGACAAGAACAGUGAGAGAGAUGAACUUCUGUAUAAGAUCAGGACACUGACUGACUCAAGCAGAGAGCACAAGUCACGUCUGGAGAAAGAGGAGGCGACGAGAAGGCAACAAGUGAAGAUUCUACAGAAGGCUCACGAGGACCAGCUAAAGGAGAAGGAACGAGUGAUUGUGAACCUGAGGGAUGAAAUCGAGGAGAAUGCAGCACGCAUGAAAGAGCUCCAGCAACAGUUUCAAGGGCACAAUUCUAGCCAUAGCCCUCCUUUAGCCAGCCCAUCCCCGGAGAUUGUGCAGGAGCUACACAGACUUCAGGCGGAGAAGGUAGAGUUGACCCGUGAACUGACCAGAUUCCAGGAGCAACUGAAAUCUAUGAACAAGAGCACCACAGAAGAGGCAAACCUUCUACACAAACAGAUCAAAGCUCUGAAGAAAGAGAAGGAAAUGUGUCUGGUAGAAAUAACAAAACUGAAGAGUUUAGUACAGAACUCUGAGACAGGACCUUGUUCCACUGACAAUGAGAAACAAAUUGAUAAACUUCAGCUGGAGAAUGAAAAGCUUGUCCACCAGGUGGCCGAUCUUCGUCACACGCUGACAAGCAAAUCAGGCGGGAUGUACGGGGAACAUUUACAGAAAACCAAAAGCGAAAAUCACAAACUAAAACUACAAUUGGAUUCUAUGGAAGAGGAAAUGCUGGAGAAAUCUGAGGAACAUGACAAGGCUGUGAGGCAGCUGAAGUCACAGAACCUCAGACUGAUGAAGGAAAAACAGUACAUGACUCAGCAAAUACGCAGCAUGAGGGAAGAGGUGAAAACGUUACAAAAACAGCUUGAGGUGAAGGGGGUUGACUUCAAUUCAGGCGAUUUACGCCAGUCUUAUGAGGAGACCCAGGCAGCCAAUCAGAUGUUAGGAGAGCAGAUCCAGAGGUUAAAGGGCAUGUGUGAUGAACUGAAGACUGAUCUGUACAACACACGCAAUCACAACGCAACCCUACAGCAACAGGUGAAUGACUUUACAUCAGAGGUGGCAGAAGUGAAUAGACAAAUGGCAACUGAAAUCCACGAGUUGGAAAGGCACAAAGAAGAAGCAGUGGUGGCAACCAGAAAGGAAAUGGAGCAAAAAUUCCGAUCCCUGCGGACAAAUUACGAGAAAUUGAGACUGAAGUUAUCACUGAUUCACCCGUUGUUAACAGAAGUGCUAGAUUCCUAUGAGAGACUGAAGCGGGAAUGUUAUAUGUUCCCAGAGUUGCUGAAGGCUUCUGUGGAGCACAUCAGACAGGAGACUUAUUCGGCUAUUAGUGAGAUCAGCAAGCAAAACAAAGAUCUGUUACAGAAAUACAGACAAGAAUUAACUCUCAGGAGGAAAAUUCACAAUGAAUUGGUGGAACUUAAAGGAAACAUCCGUGUGUUCUGUCGCGUCCGUCCCCGUACCAAAGAAGAUUUGGCUCAACCUGGUAGUGAACUAGUGGUAUCAUAUGAUGCUGAUGAUGACACUGUGGUGAAGAUUUUCCAUAAAGGACAGAGGCAGAGUUUUGAGAUGGACAAAGUUUUUAGGGAGAACAGCUCACAGGUUGAGGUGUUUGAAGAAGUACAGUCCCUUGUGACUUCCUGUAUUGAUGGUUACAAUGUGUGUAUAUUCUCCUAUGGACAGACAGGCUCAGGGAAAACCUAUACCAUGGAGGGUACCCAUGGAAGUGAAGGUAUAAACCAAAGAGCUCUUCAGCUCUUGUUUGAGGAAGUCACCAGGAAGGGCGGUAACUGGACAUACACAAUCUGUGUCAGUGUCUUAGAGAUCUACAACGAGUCCAUCAGGGAUUUAUUAAGAAAGGACAAGGUGGAUAAACUGGAAGUAAAGAUGAGCCCAGACCGAGGCUACCAUGUUCCUGGUUUGACCUCUGUCAAGGUUACCAGUCUCAAUGAUGUCAAUACGGUAUUUUCUGUGGGUCAGCAGAACAGAGCCAUGGCGAUGACCAGCAUGAAUGACCACUCCUCUCGCUCCCACUCCAUACUGUGUGUGACUGUCCUCGGGGUGAACAAGGCCACCAACUCAGCAAGCACAGGUCAUCUGAACCUGGUCGACCUGGCAGGGUCAGAGCGCGUCAGUAAGUCUGGAGCCGACGGGGCUCGUCUGAAGGAGGCUCAGAACAUCAACAAAUCGCUGUCCUCCCUGGGGGAUGUGAUCCACGCCCUAAGAACCAAACAGAACUUUGUCCCCUACAGGAAUUCCAGGCUCACCUACCUGCUACAGGAUUCCCUCAAGGGUGACAGUAAGACCCUGAUGAUAGUACAGGUAGCACCUACAGAGCGACAUGUCUCGGAGACUCUCUGCUCACUGCACUUUGCCAAACGAGUGAGGACUGUGGAGCUGGGUGCGGCUACACGACGGGUAGAGGCCACCAACAUUGAGAAUAAGUCCUCCAAAAUGCCUCCGCCAUCCUCUGGAAGAACAGUUACUAAGACAACGAGUUAUGGGAGUCUGCCUGCCUCUGGUGCCCUUGUAUCAACAUCCAGCUCUUCUGCCAUAGCCGCUCACAGAGUCGCCCAGAUCACGGCCUCCGCACCAGGAAGGAAUAACUCUGCAGCAAACAAAAAGACACCCUUGCCAGGGAAGAGCCCAUUAGCAAGGGCAGUAACUCCUCUGCUCAAACCAAUUCGAAGGAAACUAAAUAUACAGUAAUCUGUGCGCGCAAGAUCGUCCCACAACUGAUUUAUGUUGUACGACAUGUUAGAUCAAGCUGAGUUUCCUUACCUCAUGACUCACUGAAUAUUGUAUUAAGACUAUUUUUCCAUUAGUUUGAUCCUAUGUAUGCUCCAGACUUUACGCAACACAAGUAUAUUUUAUAACGGUGCUAUUGCAAACUUGUAACAGUAGACAGAAGCAACGUAAGCAAAAAUGAUCCAUGACUUUUGCUGAGUUGUUAAGAUGUACACUAAAAAAGUAUUCAGCUUUUAGUGAAGUGUAACCAUGCUAGGCAUCAGUUUUUGUGUCCCAACUGUAAGCGUGCCAUUGUACAUAUGAAUUGUAUGAAAUAAAUCUUAUCACUUUGAACUGUUACUGUUGGAGUGUUAUUUCAUUGCCUCAGCAAUCUUUAAGACAAUAUCACAGACAUAUCUGUACAUCAUUGCUGCUGC